AUGGCGCCCAUCCGUCUUGUCACGGAACAGCUCACUCGUGCAGAACACCACGUGACCCAAUCCUACGCGGCCCUGCGGCGAAUUCACAAGAAUUUCCGGGUAUGCGCCGACGCCGACGUCGUCCUCCGCAAAGGCCUAGGAGCCCCUAUCCCCGCUCUUUCCCAGGCUUCGGCUCCUACCAUCACCGAGGAGGACCGGUGCGCCCUAAACGCGUACAUGCAGAUUCUUGAUCGGGUGCAUGCUGCCCUCACCUUCCUUAGGGUCCGCCCCAGAAUCAGGUCGGGGGAGGCCGCCAUUCGGCACCUGGACGUCCGUCGAAGCAAAUUACUCGCGGAAAUGAAGGAAGAAAUCGUACGGCUGAUUGUCCAGGGCUCUUGUUGCACGGUCCAAGGUCCCUCAGGCCGCCUGAGUCCAUGGGGGGAGAGUCCCCUUUACCAACACACCGAGCCCAUUGCCUUAAAUAUCUCCCGCCGCAUUCGGGAUAUCUGCGAGUCCAUGGCACGUGCUGGGGACAUGCGAUGGGCCGAUGCCUACGCCAGAGCGCGCGGAAGCAAAGUUGAGGAGGCCGUCACCGUUUUUUUGCACGGGCAGCAACAGUCUUUCGGGGGCGGGGGAGGAAGCGGAGGAGGAAAGGGAGGAGAGACUCGCCUGUCUGUGAGCGUCUUGGGUGGUGCUAGCAGCAGCAACGGAGGGUUCGGCGGGGCAUCGAUUUCCCCGCCUAGGUUUGUGAGUGGCGGCGGCAGAGGGGAUGGAGAAGUGGGGGAUCGUACCGCUCUGCUCUCUACUCUGGGACGCGACGUCGCCGAAACAUGGCUCAGCUACCUGCAUUUUUUGCGCGAAAUCAUCAAGGGGGAAGAAAUUAUGUUCCUGCGCACCUUGCCCAUGAAUUUUGCGCAAUCGAUCCGGGCCUGGGAGGAUAUGAUGGGCCAAGUCUUAAUCCGGGUAUGCAAGGAAGCGACGGAGGCCUUGGACGUCAUGUUGGGGCGGGAAAAGACGGCGGGAGAGAAAGCCCUGUUGCUCCUGGCUGUGUUGACAGGCAUGGAACACCAAAUGCCCGCAUUCGAGCAGGCCUUUGCCAAUGUGACCAAACAUGCCUCCUCCCCCGGAUCCCCUGUCCCUACCAGCCUACGGGAAAUCCCUGCCAGCACCACAGUCAAGCCCCACCACCGUGCCCGCCCUUCCUCCACCUCCCUCUCGCUUCGUCCUCUUUCCAAGGCUUUUGCCGCAGUGUCCCAUCCCAAGGGGAACAUCCUCCCUGCCUCCCCCCUUGACUCCUCCCCACCCCUUGCCCACGUUCACCUUCUCUACCGACACGUCUGUCGCCUGACGAUCACUCACCUUCAAACAUUCUUGGACGAUGUGCUGAACGACUCCAUUUCCUCCCACAACUUGCCACGAAAUGCCUCCGUACACGUGGUUACCAGCAACACACUGAGGACCUUUAAGCGCAUCAUUGCCUACCACGAAAUCUUCGAGCAUCUUCCCCUCCUCGGGGGCCUGGCCCUCCUCCCGUGGGAAAGCGAGGAGGAUCGAGCCGCCCUCACCAGAGGGAAGGAAGAGGCAGAGGAACAAAGCACGGGGGAGGAACAGCAGGAAACGCAUUUGCGGAUCUAUGCUCAUCAGUUGUUUAUGAACCUGUUGAAGAACAUCCAGGGGAAGACCGAGGCGUAUCAUAAAAUGGACGGCGGCGUCGACAAAUAUAGCGCGGCGGGACAACCCCUCGUGUUUCUAAUGAACAACGCUCACUACAUGGUCUCCACCAUCGAAGCAUCCUCUUCCCUGGAAGAAGCUCCACUCGUGCGGACUGCCCCGACGUUCUCUUGGUGCCCUUCUGGCACCGUGUCGCUGACAAGCGUGGUCUCAGAAGCCUUCAUGGACAGGCUCCGGACGGUCACAAACGACUCUCGAACCAAAUUCACCGCCUCGGUCUGGGCAGACUUGGCGGAAGUCACAACGAACGACAAGUCAUUGCCGGACGUAGAAAACACUUCAGGAGGACACCAGCUCACUUUCGAGGGGGGGAGGCUGGUGAAAGCCAGAUUUUCGGCAUUCAACACGGCCAUGGAUGAGAUCUACAAUACGCAGAAGUCCUUUUUGAUUCUGGAUGCAGGCUUACGAAUGCAGUUGCGGGAGGAGGCGAAGGCAGCCUUCCUGCCUCCGUACACGACCUUCUACGAUAAAUUUUCCGGAACACAAUUUAGCUCCCAGUCCUUUCGUCUGGUUAGCGGGUUACUUCUCUAG